AUGUCGAAAGCCUCUGAACUUCCAACCACCAACCAGGGCGCGGCCGCCGCUGCUGCUGCCAAACCCGCACCGUCUCUGCAUCCAGCUGUCUAUAUCGCUUCGUGGAUUGCCCUCAGUUCCGGUGUUAUCAUCUUCAACAAGUGGAUUCUCCACACUGCUGGAUUCGGUUUCCCCCUAUUCCUAACAACAUGGCACUUGUUGUUCGCGACCAUCAUGACCCAAUUGCUGGCGCGAUUCACCACUGCGCUCGACUCUCGGCACAAGGUCCCAAUGAACCGCAGCGUAUACAUGCGUGCCAUCGUCCCCAUUGGUAUUUUCUUCAGCUUGAGUCUGAUCUUCGGUAACUUGGUCUACCUGUACUUGAGUGUCUCUUUCAUUCAGAUGUUGAAGGCAACCAACUCUGUCGCAACUCUUAUCGCUACCUGGGCCCUCGGUGUUGCCCCCGUCCGUCUUGAAACUCUCGGAAACGUCUCCGUCAUUGUCGUUGGUGUUGUUAUUGCCUCGAUUGGUGAAAUCAAGUUCAGCCUUAUCGGAUUUAUCUACCAGGUCUUUGCUACCAUUUUCGAGUCCGUCCGUCUGGUCAUGGUUCAGAGACUUCUCAGCUCCGCCGAGUUCAAGAUGGACCCCCUUGUAUCUCUCUACUACUUUGCUCCCGCAUGUUUCGUCAUGAACGGUGUCGCCACCUUGUUCUUUGAAAUUCCCAAGAUGACUAUGAAUGACAUCUGGAGCGUUGGAGUGUGGAACCUCGUUGCCAAUGCUUCUGUCGCUUUUGCUCUGAACGUUGCCGUUGUGUUCUUGAUCGGAAAAACAUCCGCUCUUGUCCUUACCCUCUCCGGUGUCCUCAAGGACAUUCUCCUCGUCGUUGCAUCCAUGGUCAUCUUCCAUGACCCCGUUACCCCCCUCCAGGCUCUCGGAUACGGUAUCGCCCUCAUGGGUCUUGUUUACUACAAGCUCGGUGCCGAGGGAGUUCGCAACUUCCUUUCCAACGCCCGCCAGUCGCUCCGCGGUGUCGGAAUCCGCCGCUUGGUUCUCCUCAUUAUCAUCUCGGCCUUGGUCUACUUCGGAUUCUCCCAAUACAACCAAAAGGCCUCUGUCUUCUCCCCUGCCCUUCUCAGCGGCAUCGGCUCAAAGAACUAA